GACUCGGGUCGGGUUUAUUAAUUUCAUGUAUGAGUUGAAAAUUGUAUUUUCGUACGAGUAAAGACGCCUUCAUGGUGAAGAAGACGCAAGUAAUUUGCAGUUUAUGCAAAUCAAUCGAUCGUGCCCUAACGGCCCAUUAAUCCGAAACUAUGAUUAGCUUUCUGCUUCUGUCUCGCUGGCUAUGGUUUUGUACCCACUACUACUAAUAGUUUCUCUACGCUUGUGAUGUUCGUAUCGCACCACAUGGAGCCAUGAAACAACUCUCCCUGCAAAUUCAUCGCGGCUUGUAGAUAAAUUUUCUUUUUUUGAUGAACUAACAGACCAACAACAACCAGGGAGCCCUAAACUUCUAACUAUACUCCUCGUUAAUGGCGGUCACGGAGGAAGAGUGUUCAUCUGCGAAGUCUCGAUCCUCCUCAUCGGCAACGUCCAGCAGACGGCACUACCUCGCCAAGUGCGUCCUCAGGGGGAGCGCUGUGCUCCAGGUCGUAUAUGGCCGUUUCCGGUCUCCUUCCUCCCUUGACAUCGUUUUGGGCAAGGAAUCAUCCAUUGAGCUGGUGAUAAUCGGUGAAGAUGGGAUUGUACAGUCUGUUUGUGAGCAGCCUGUAUUUGGAACAAUUAAAGACCUCGCUGUCGUACGAUGCAAUGAGAAGUUCAAUAUGCAAAAUCCACGGAUGAGGGGGAAAGACUUAUUGGUUGCAAUAUCUGAUUCUGGGAAACUCUCAUUUCUCACAUUUUGCAAUGAAAUGCACAGGUUUUAUCCGCUGACUGAUGUUCCACUUUCCAAUCCUGGAAACUCGAGGCAUCGGCUUGGAAGAAUGCUCGCUGUUGAUUCUAGUGGCUGUUUUGUUGCUGUUAGUGCCUAUGAAGAUCAAUUGGCUAUUUUCUCUCUUUCAAUGUCUGGUGGCAUUGAUAUUAUUGAUAAGAGGAUACUUUAUCCUCCUGAAGAUGAAGCAGAUGCAGGAGGAGGCUUCCAUAGGACCAACAUACGUGGCACCAUAUGGAGCAUGUGCUUUAUAUCAAAAGAUCCGAGUCAACCAAGUAAGGAGCAUAACCCCGUACUAGCCGUUAUUCUGAAUAGGAGGGGAGCACCUGUAAAUGAACUCUUGUUAUUGGAUUGGGAUAUGGGAGCACAGGCUAUAAAUGUUGUUUCCCAGUAUGUUGAAGAGGGGUCACUAGCACAUGACAUCAUCGACGUUCCGCAUUCUUAUGGAUAUGCAUUUCUUUUUAGAGUUGGUGAUGUUCUUUUAAUGGAUCUUAGAGAUGUUCACAACCCAUCUUGUAUCUGUAGAACAAGCUUAAACUUCUUACCCGCUACAGUGGAGGAGCAAAUUGUCGUGGAAGAGUCCUGUAGAGUUCAUGAUGAUGACGAAGGUUUGUUCAAUGUUGCUGCAUGUGCUUUACUUGAGCUCAGGGAUUAUGACCCCAUGUGUAUAGAUAGUGAUGAUGGAAAUGUUAAAUCAUCCUCCAACUAUGCUUGCUCGUGGAGUUGGGAACCGGAAAAGAAUAUAAAUCCAAGGAUGAUUUUUUGUGUGGACUCAGGAGAGUUUUUUAUGAUUGACAUUUGUUUUGAUGGCAGUGAUCUCAAAGUUAAUCUCUCUGAGUGUCUGUACAAAGGUUUACCUUGCAAGGCACUUUUGUGGGUUGAAGGUGGAUUCUUAGCAGCAUUUGUGGAGAUGGGGGAUGGGGUGGUCCUUAAAGUGGAUAAUGGAAGACUACUUUAUAUGAGUCCUAUUCAGAAUGUCGCACCAAUCUUGGAUUUGUCAGUUGUGGAUUACCAGGAGGAGAAGCGUGAUCAGAUGUUUGCAUGCUGCGGAGUGGCACCAGAGGGAUCAUUAAGGAUUAUUAGAAGUGGUAUAAGUGUAGAGAAGCUAUUGAAAACUAGCCCUGACUAUCAAGGUAUAUCUGGCACUUGGAGUAUUCGCAUGAAAGUUAAUGAUUUAUAUCAUUCUUUUCUCGUUCUCUCAUUUGUUGAAGAGACAAGGGUAUUAUCUGUUGGUGUUAGCUUCACUGAUGUGACUGAUUCAGUUGGCUUCCAGCCAGAUGUCUGUACUUUGGCAUGUGGACUUGUAGGUGAUGGUUUGCUGGUCCAGGUACACCAAAAUGCUGUCCGGCUCUGUCUACCCACCAUAGCCUGCCACUCUGAAGGUGUAGCUUUGUCUACUCCGAUUUGUGCAUCUUGGUUCCCAAAUAAUGUAAGUAUCAGCUUGGGGUCAGUUGGGCAGAAUUUGAUAAUUGUUUCUACAUCUAAUCCGUACUUCCUUCAUAUUCUUGGGGUCAGAUUACAUUCAACUUUGCAAUAUGAAAUAUAUGAAAUGCAACAACUGAGAUUGCAGCAUGAGUUGUCCUGCAUUUCCAUACCUCAGCAGUGUUUUGAGCUAACACAAUUAAGCUCACCUCUCAAUCUGUUGGAUAAAAAACAUGCAACUGCUCCAUCUUCUGGAAUCGAUGUUGGUAAUACCUUUAUAAUUGGAACUCAUAAGCCUUCAGUGGAAAUUUUAUCUUUCCUACCUAAUCAAGGAAUAAGAGUUCUUGCCACUGGAAUAAUAUCAUUAACAAACACUAUGGGGACUGCAAUCAGCGGGUGCAUCCCUCAAGAUGUAAGGCUUGUACUAGUUGAUCGGUUUUACGUUCUCUCAGGUUUGAGGAAUGGAAUGCUGCUUCGGUUUGAGUGGCCUUCUCCCUCCACUUUGUCUUCUAUAGAAUUACAGUCUUGCUAUCCUUAUUCUGUGGUAAAUGUGGAUACAGCUACAAUGAAUGAAGCUGCAAUUUAUUUUGUGCCACGAUAUGGUGUUGAUUUAACUGACAAAGCAAUGACUAACCUUCCGGUUAAUCUUCAAUUGAUUGCCACUCGUCGCAUUGGCAUUACUCCUGUUUUCCUGGUCCCACUGAGUGAUUCGCUUGAUGCAGAUGUGAUUGCUCUUAGUGAUAGGCCAUGGUUGGUGCAGACUGCAAGGCACAGCCUCUCUUAUGCUUCCAUUUCAUUUCCACCUUCAACACAUGCAGCUCCUGUAUGCUCUGCUGAAUGUCCGAAGGGUAUUUUGUUUGUUGCAGAGAGCAGUCUACAUUUGGUGGAGAUGGUGCACAGUAAGAGGCUUAAUGUGCAGAAAUUUCAUAUUGGAGGAACUCCACGGAAAGUUCUGUAUCAUAAUCAAAGCAAGCUAUUGGUUGUGAUGAGAACUGAGUUGAGCAAUGAAACGUCUUCAUCUGAUAUAUGCUGUGUUGAUCCCCUUAGUGGUUCAGUGUUGUCAUCCUUUAAGCUUGAAGUUGGAGAAACUGGAAAAGCCAUGGAGUUUGUGAGGGUUGGAAAUGAACUGGUUCUGGUUGUUGGAACUAGUCUUUCUUCUGGUGCGGCCAUUAUGCCCAGUGGCGAGGCUGAAAGUACGAAGGGACGCCUAAUUGUUCUCUGCCUUGAACCCUUUCAAAAUUCAGAUAGCGCUUCAAUGACAUCUUGUUCGAAGGCAGGGUCUUCGUCUCAACUUACUUCACCAUUUCAUGAAAAUGUUGGAUAUGCCACGGAACAGCUUUCAAGCAGUAGUCUCUGUGGUAGCUCGGAUGACAAUAGCUGUGAUGGGAUAAAACUAGAAGAAGCUGAGCCAUGGCAGCUGCGAUUGGCUUACUCAACCACAUGGCCUGGAAUGAUACUUGCAAUCUGUCCAUAUCUUGAUCAUUACUUCUUGGCAUCUUCUGGAAAUGCUUUUUAUGUUUGUGGAUUUCCAAAUGAUAAUCCGCAGAGGGUGAGGAGGUUUGCUGUAGCAAAGACACGUUUUAUGAUAAUGUCACUCACUGCAUAUUUUACUAGAAUUACCGUUGGUGACUGCCGAGAUGGCAUCCUUUUCUAUUCUUAUCAUGAGGAUGCCAGAAAAUUGGAGCAACUUUACUGUGAUCCAUCGCAGAGGUUAGUUGCUGAUUGCACGCUUAUGGAUAUUGACACUGCCGUUGUUUCAGAUCGUAAGGGAAGCAUUGCUGUCUUGUCAUGUUCUGAUCGUUUAGAAGUGGAUGCAAGUCCAGAAUGCAACCUAACGAUAUGUUGUGCUUAUUAUAUGGGCGAGAUAGCCAUGCGCAUUGGGAAGGGGUCAUUUUCAUAUAGGCUUCCAGCCGAUGAUGUGUUGAAGGGUUGUGAUCCUAUUUCAAAUGUCGAUCCAUCUCAGAGAACUAUCAUUGCCAGUACACUACUAGGAAGCGUAGUAAUCUUUAUUCCUCUAUCAAGAUUAUUUUUUUUCAGGGAAGAACAUGAACUCUUGGAAGCAGUCCAAGCUAGGCUUGUGAUUCAUCCGUUGACUGCUCCUGUUUUAGGGAAUGAUCAUAAUGAGUUCCGAAGCCGUGAAAUUCCGGUUGGGGUUCCCAAGAUUCUCGAUGGUGAUAUGCUGGCUCAGUUCUUGGAGCUUACAAGUAUGCAACAAGAGGCUGUAUUAUCUUCACCUCUUCCCGCAAUCGACAUGGGAAAAUCGAGUUCUAAAUCACCUUUCCUUGGUCCUAUCUCUGUCGAUCCAGUUGUGCAACUUCUUGAACGGGUCCAUUAUGCCCUAAAUUAAUUGCUUCUCUAUGUGCUUUUCCCUACUUCUUGGUCAUGACUGGAGGAUGAAAUUUUUUACUCAUCCGGAUAGGGCGACUUUUGAAUAUCAAAUUUGAAGAUGGUCUCUUGGCAUACCAUAAUUUCAUUCUGGAAACGGAAGUGCCAGCCCCAAAUGCCUUCUGAUUCAUGAAGGAUAAGUGACUAUGCAAUCUGCACACCUCGCAGCUAAUGCUUAGUUGCAGAUGGAACUCCUUCGAUUAUAUCCGUGUUUGUUCUGUGGCGAGUUGAGUAACAGCUGCACAAGCCGUGGAUGUGCAAGGUGGGUGGUGUGAAUUGCAAUCCUCCGUUUCUGUAUUUGUAUAUUCUUUUGUAAUGGAAAGCCUUUGUCGGUGAAAAAUAAAAUUAAGUACAAUGGCUCAAGGGAUUUCUUGAUGUAUAAAUUUUCUUGCGUGUGUAUUGAGUGUUGACCAGGGAACCAUCCCCAGAAUCCAUUGAUAUUCUCUCUCGGUCAAUAAAAGAAUAAUUUGCAAA